GAGAGGUCCAACAAACCCUCCAUUGAAGUUGGAGGAGAAUCGAGAGAGGGCAGGCCAAUUUCUAAACCUCUCCUACAAAAUUACUUUCUUCCUCCUCGACGAUCCGAACCAGGAGAACCAUGGCUCUCGUUACUAGAAACACAGCAACGCGUCUUUCUCUGCUUCUCUCUUCGCAGCGGGCCCUCUCUCUCCAUACUACGGUCCCUUCUCUGUCUUCUGCCUCCCCUACCUCGCCGACGGCGUACUCGCGCCCAGGCCCGCCGGCAACCUCGGGUCCGCCGGAGGGGCUGUCGAAGGCAGCGGAAUACGUGAUAUCGAAGGUUGACGAUCUGAUGAACUGGGCCCGUCGUGGGUCCAUCUGGCCCAUGACUUUUGGUCUCGCUUGCUGCGCUGUGGAAAUGAUGCACACCGGCGCCGCCCGCUACGAUCUGGACCGCUUCGGCGUCAUCUUUCGCCCCAGUCCUCGACAGUCGGACUGCAUGAUCGUCGCCGGUACGCUCACCAACAAGAUGGCACCCGCCCUCCGCAAGGUUUAUGAUUUUUCUCUUGAAUUUCUCAUGCAACUCUGCCGACUUCAUAGUUGAUUUAUAGUACAAAUGGGAGAGAACAUGAUUAGCAUUGAGGUAUAAUUUUUCUGUAAUUUGCCGAAGCUAUCACUUCUUAACAUUUUGAUAUAUGCAUUUGCUAAUUUAUUGAACAUUACUGUUUUGAUGGAAGUUGCACCUCGAAGAUUUGCAAUGCAAAUGAUCACGGGAAAAAAACUAUUUGUAAAUUUAUAUAUAACUUCGGAAUUAAUUGAAACUGUGGAAUCUGUUCUUAAGUGAAAUAAGAUUAAACCGAGCAAGUAGAGAGUGUGGAUAAACAAUAGCUUUGAAGUAGCUCUCAAACUCUUGUUUAAAUUGCAUGUGAACCUAGUUACUCAAGCAAAUUUCUCAAAGUAGUUAUAAGUUAAUCAUUUAUCUAUCCAAUUUGUAGAAAAUAUAAUAAUUAGAAGAAUAAAUUAGAAUUAAAAAUAGUUAUUUACAACUGUUAUGUGCUGUAAAUGGAGGAAAUCACCAACAAAUUUGUUACAACAAAUUUGUUCUUAGAAACAGAAUUUUGUUAGGUUUCUCUCCAGAAUUUGUUAGGUUAUUAAGGUAGUAGACUUGUAUAUAUAUGUGUGGAAAUCAUUCAUAAAAAAAAGGAAGAAUAUUUUCUCUCAAUUUUCUUCAUGGUAUCAGAGCCAUACCUGAUUAAAAAAGAAAUUGAUAUCAAACCCUGCUGAGCCGUAAUAAAAAAUGGCCUUGCGUGAGCUUCCAUCCUUUCCACCAGAAGUUUCCUCUGACUCUUAUCAUCACACAGCAACAACCAGAGCUGUGAGUGAACUACCAUCAUCCUGUAUCACAGGACAUAAUCUCGAUGGCAGCAACUUUCUUCAAUGGUCUUCGUCUGUCCGUCUCUUCAUCCGUGGAAGGGGGCGUUAUAGGCACCUCAUCGGCGAGCUCACGCCUCCUCCAGCGUCCGAUGCAAAUGCACAAACCUGGGAGAUCGAAGACAGUAUGGUCAUGUCCUGGCGCAUUACCUCAGUGACUCCUGAAAUCGGAGAGAAUUUCAUUCUCUACGAAACUGCUCAUGAAAUCUGGAAGGCAGCACAAGAACUCUACUCCAGCAAGCAAAAUACCUCUGCAAUAUUCGAAAUCGAGUCAACUUUUCAUGACCUUCGACAAGGAGAACUCAGUGUCACCCAGUAUUACAGUAUCCUUAGUCGAAAUUGGCAGCAGAUGGACGCGUUUGAAGAGCGUCACUGGAAUUGCCCCGAGAAGACGAAAAACUUCAAAGUCUUUGUGGAAGAAAAACGAGUCUUCAAAUUCCUGUUAGGGCUAAACAAAAAUCUCGACGUGAUUCGGGGACGUGUUCUGAGCACCAAACCCUUAUCGAGUAUUCGAGAAGUUUUUUCUGAGGUUCGACGCGAGGAGAGUCGUCGGAAGAUCAUGAUGGGAGAGAAUGACCAACCUCACCAGACUGAAAAUUCUUCAGCUUUCACAACCCGAGCGAUUGACAGUCGAACGAAGAAGACAAGGCCCUGGUGCGACCACUGUCGGAAGCUAUGGCACACUCGGGAACGUUGCUGGAAGCUUCACGGCAAGCCAAGUGGCUGGAAAUCACCUUCGGGUGAGUGGAACAUGUCGAAAGCAGAGACCUCCAACAAGCUUCGAGGAAAUCACGUGACGGCUGAGGAAGUAAUUUUUGAUGAGAUGGGAAAAGAGCCAUUUACCCCUGAAUAGUUGGAAGCCCUCCAACAAAUCUUGUUCAAGAAAUCUCACUCGGUCAGUGCCUCUGUGGCACACAAAGGUAAUAUUCAUAGUUUAUCUGCUCUUUUAGAAAAAGGACAAGUGUGGGUGGUAAACUCUGGAGCAUCUGAUCAUAUGAGUGGCGAUUUCUCAAUGUUCCAAAAUUACAGAAGAUGUGAAGAAAAUAUUGCAAUCAGAAUUGCAGAUGGUUCUCUCUCAAAAGUUGCAGGAAUAGGCUCUGUAAAUUUGUCUCCAAAUUUGACUUUCUGUUCAGUUCUCCAUGUUCCGAAUUUGGAUUGUAAUUUGUUGUUUGUCAGCAAGCUAUGUGAAGAUUUGAAAUGUGUUGCGAAAUUUGUUUCUAAUAUGUGUAAU